UUCUUUCAAAUCCUGUCUAGCUCUCUUUACUCACUGUCGCCUUCUCCCAUUGCCAUACCUAAUUUUCCCAGUUUCUCGCUUCGAUUUCUCAAAGAGAGAAGCUGCAAUCAUGUUGGUUUACUAAGAUCUAAUUACCGGUGACGAGCUUCUUUCUGACUCAUUCUCCUACAAGGAAAUCGAGAAUGGAAUGUUGUGGGAAGUUGAGGGGAAGUGGGUUGUGCAAGCAGCGGUUAAUGUUGAAAUUGGUGCCAAUCCUUCUGCUGAAGGUGCAGAUGAGGAUGAGGGUAUUGAUGAUCAAGCUGUGAAGGUUGUUGACAUCGUUGACACUUUCAGGCUUCAGGAGCAACCUGCUUUCGACAAGAAGCAGUUCAUUGCCUACAUAAAGUUCAUCAAGAAAUUGACACCCAAAUUGGAUGCCAAGAAGCAAAAAAGCUUUAAGAAAAACAUCGAGGGAGCAACCAAGUAUUUGCUUGGGAAACUGAAGGACCUUCAAUUUUUUGUCGGUGAGAGCAUGCUCGAUGACGGAUGUGUGGUGUUUGCUUACUAUAAGGAGGGUGCUGCCGACCCAACAUUUUUGUACCUGGCUUAUGCAUUGAAGGAGGUCAAGUGCUGAGGUUUGAAGAACCAAGUACUUGCUAAAGUUUUCGUCUUUAUUAUUUUUCUUACUCCAAUUUUUCCUGUCUUCUGUACUAUUGAGACUAUGUUUCAUGGUU